AUGACCAUGACUCUGGGCUUGUUGCUGGGCGGGCGUAUCCGUGCUGCCGUCGCUCGCUGUGGGUUCGCGACCCGGGGGGUGGCGGGCCCGGGCUCUGUCGGCCGCGAGCCGGACCCCGAUUCCGACUGGGAGCCGGAGGAGCGGGAGCUACAGGAGGUGGAGAGCACCCUGAAACGACAGAAAAAAGCCGCCCGGUUCCAGAAAAUUCGGAGGCAAAUGGAGGCGCCGGGUGCCCCGCCCAGGACCCUGACGUGGGAAGCCAUGGAGCAGAUCCGGUAUUUACAUAAGGAAUUUGCAGAGUCCUGGUCAGUUCCCAGAUUGGCUGAAGGUUUUGAUGUCAGCACUGAUGUGAUCCGAAGGGUUUUAAAAAGCAAGUUUGUACCCACGUUGGAGCAGAAACUGAAGCAGGAUCGAAAAGUUCUUAAGAAAGCUGGGCUUGCCCACUCGCUCCGGCAGCUCCCCAGCUCUGGGGAGACUUUGCAGCUGCUUUCUGCAGGCCACUCUGUGUCAGGCUCUUUGCUGACUCCAAGGGAUGAAGCCUCAUCCAAAGGCCAGGGUCACAGCACAGCUUUGUUCACAGAAUUGAACAGUCACAGUACAAAUACACCAAGGAGACAGAAGGGAAGGAAUAAAGGAAUCCAGGUCCUGAAGGAGGAGAGCUUUGUGCCUGUUGCUGCAGCCCUAGGUCAUUGGAGGGAGCUGCAGAAGUGCUCCACCAGUGAUUGUGAGGGCACCAGAGGAACUGACAGUGAUGGAUUGCUAAGUGACAAGAAGCUGGAAGAAUUGAAGGCAGAGGAGCCCAGUGACCAGAACUUCAGCAGCAAAGUAGUGCAGAGGGGGCGAGAGUUCUUUGACAACAAUGGGAACUUCUUGUACAGAAUUUAGCUGGAGCCUGGCUUGUGGAGAUGCCACGUGAAACAGCGGGGCAAGUAUGCUCGGAGCUGCCUGGAUUUCUGUAUGGAUUAUCCACGUUGGAAUAGGAGAAAAUGAUGAGCCUGGAAUGUGGGAGGAAAGAACUGUUUGGAUUUGAAUCUGACAAAGGGCAGUGAACUUCACAGGGCAGAUGUGUACGGAGACAGGGUGAAUGAUGGGCUGGGUAGGUUCUAGUUUCCUGGAGCAGCUCCUGUCUGACCCAUAUGGAUCUUCAGUACUCACCCUUCUUGCUUGGGCUCUCUGUAGUUUGAAACCAGCCCAUGUUGCAUGUGUUGUGAGGAGUUGCUGUGAUACUCGCAAUGUAUGUUGGGAGGAAAUGAAAAGUUUGCUUUCUGAUCUCGUAUACUUUUUGAUUAACGAACACUAACGGUUCUGGAACUGCUUAAGUCAGUUGAUUGUUUUCAUUAUGUGCAAAAUAAAGUUAAAUGUAGCAGUC